AUGAGCGAGAAUACACCUCAAGGGCCGUCGAAACGACCUAGCAGGUCACCUAUACGACAAUAUUUCAAUAGAAUGCCUCUAUCAGAUGUCACACAUUCUGUCGGGAAUUCAUACAUUCCUAGAGAACCGCAAUCUCCUACACCAACUCAACCUCCAACUAAACGACCAAAACUAUCAAGCAAAAUAAUUGAUGAGAAUGAUAUAAAGACUCUUGACAAUAAGAAUUCCUUAAAGCCGCCGACGUUGACACCGCCUAUCAAACGUGUAUCCACCGAAAAGUCAGAAUCCGUCUACAAGAAUACGAUAUGGCGAACUCACCGAAAUCGUAUGGGCCCCUUUGAUAUCUUGAUGAGAAGAGAACUUUGGGGCACGGCUAAUGCCUCUACAAGAUUUAUGAUCAAAGAUUUCGUAAGCACCGAUAAUGAUGUAUACCAUUUUUAUGGAGAAACUCGACACAUUGCACCAUUUGCUUGUUCAUUUAGUCAUGGAGUUGGAAAUAUCGAUGGAAGGUUUUUAGCGGUGGCAGACGAAGAAGGGGUGAUUUCACUCUUGGAUACUCGAGUUGAUAAUAGGAUUGAAAUGGGUGGGUACGAGAGAUCGCGAGUACAAUUCCAAGCACAUGAAAAUGCUGUUUUCGAGGUUCAAUGGAAUUAUGAUGAUACAUCAUUGAUAACAGCUUCGGGUGAUCAAUCAGCACGUCUAUGGGAUGUAGAAACACAAAAGUGCAAGGCCGUAUUCGAGGGACAUACUUGUAAAAUUUGGGUGACAGCUUCCAGAGAUGGACACAUUCACAUCUGGGAUGAACGUACCAAUUCAUCUCGGAUAAUUGAAACAACGAAAUUUUAUGCACCGACAAAUACGAUAAAUUACGCACAUACUGGUUUUCAAGGCAUCAAAAGAACUCGACUGAGUGAUCCAACUCCAAUUCGGAAUAAUGCGACGAAGCCAACUAGUGUCACAGGUGUUCAAUUCCUCAAACAUAAUGAGAAUCUGUUGGCUUCUUCAGGUGCUGCGGAUGGCAUAAUCAAGUAUUGGGACAUGCGAUACCACGGUCUUGCUAAAUUUCCUGUUCAAACUUCAACCGAUUGCUCACCUGCUAAACGACCUCAUGGAAUAUCGUGUUUGACUUUGGAUCACAGUGGUCGUCGGUUAUACGCAAACAGCACGGACAAUUAUAUUUACGUAUACAACACCGCAGACUUGGGAAUCCCAAUAACCCGAUUCCAUCAUCCAACCUACCGAUGCUCGUCUUUUUACAUCCGAAUGGGACUAUCGCCGGAUGAUCGAUACCUGAUGUCUGGGUCAAGUGAUCGCGGGAUUCACAUUUGGGAAACUGACGCACCUGAACGACCGCCUAUUAUUUUGCAAGGCCACGAGCAUGAAGUUACGAGUGUUGCUUGGUGUAGAAGUGACUUUGAUAUUAUUGCUUCUUGUUCGGAUGAUCUAACAUUACGUGUUUGGCAUCGUCGCGGGUUGGGUGAAGACUAA